AUGUUGUUCUUACUAAAGGACAUAGAAACUCUCGCUGGGUGGGUUGGCAACUACCUCACCCGGUCGUCUGGUGUAAAGGUUGUCUUCGAGUCCGCCAUUGUUCCCAAAUGGAGGGGCGGAGUCAUCACCUUCAAAAACGUCUUUGUGUCACGGCGGCCCGGCCAGGGAAGGGGCAAUGUCAGCAAAGGAUCAUCCAAGACGGCGGCGGCGGCAGCGGCAGCAGCCGCUUUGAGCGACCAGCCCACGGCCGAACUAUAUGAUCAGCGAGCUCAUUCAGAGGAAGAAGAAGAUACUAAUUAUACACAGUUCGACGUUUCAAUUGAGACGGUAAAUGUGACCUUGUCAUUCACGCGCUGGUUAAACGGCAAAGGGCUCUUACGCGAUGUUGAGGUGCAAGGUGUACGAGGUGUGGUUGAUCGCAGAUCGGUAUAUUGGUCGGAUGACACCCUCGACCCCAAGUCAUAUCGGCACGAGCACAAUCCGGGAGAUUUUGAAAUCGAUUCUUUCAGAAUGAGUGACUUGCUCGUCACCGUGUAUCAACCCAAUAACUUUAGACCGUUUUCUGUCAGCAUAUUCUCGUGCGAUCUACCGCAGUUACGGAAACAAUGGCUGUUUUAUGAUUUUCUGUCGGCCAACAUGAUGUCAGGAUCGUUUGAUAAUUCCUUGUUCACGAUCCAUCCACGCCAAACCCACAGCUUCACAGGCGCACAACUUGAUAAUGGGGCAGAAGAGGAUGGGAAAAGUCCGUGGAAGAAACAUAGCAGGAUACGCAUCGAUGCGUUAAAUAUCGAUCACCUUAAUCGCGGAGUACAGGGCCCGUUUGGGUGGAUCCAUGAGGGCAAUGUCGACAUUGUUGCCGACAUCAUGUUCCCCGCCGAGAACUAUGAGAGCCUUGCAAAGGUAAUGGCCGAUUUCUACGAUCGAUUGGAGGCCACGGUUACCUCGAAUCGAUAUGACAUAAAGUCAGUCGAGUCCAACGAAGCCGAGUCAAUGCACGAUAGGCGCUUUCUAGUUAUGGACUUACGAUUGCAUCUGAACAACGUCCGGGCUGUUGUUCCCAUAUUCACACGAGAACUUUCCUAUAUCAAUAAUGCGCUCAUCCGUCCCAUUGUCGCUUACAUCAACUCGCGACGUACAUUCAUUCCUGUCAACUGUCGCCUUGUCAAGAGAGUGGGAGAUUUUGACGGUAGUUGGACCCCGUUCGAUAGCGGCCUUAUGGACGAUCUUUCGGCAUCUGUAUACGAUGCAUUUGCUCGUGAUGUCGUUGAUGAGCAAGCGCGCAAGCGACGCUUCAAGAAGGUCGGCUUUUGGUCGCUUCAAUUGGCUGCCCAGGCGAUUUUCAUGGGAAUGGCUGGCAAUAUAGCCUAA